AUGAUAACUCCUCAUUCCGAAGUGACGAAUAAGCACUGUGGCUUGAGCAACUAUCUGUUCUUGGGAUCGCUGAAGGAUGAUGUCCCAGUCGUUUCUGACGAACCACGACGAGUGCUGCUUCGAGUUUAUGGUGAAGUCCUACGAAGUAGUACCGACUCCAUAGUCAUGGACUCAAUCAGCUUCGCCCUGCUUGCCGAAAAACGAAUUGGUCCCGGGCUGCAUGGAAUAUUUCGUGGAGGUAGAAUAGAAGAAUAUGUUCAGUCAAGACCCCUGACCUCUGCAGAACUAUCUUUGCCAAGUGUAUUUACAACGGUGGCACGGCAUAUGGCACGAAUACAUUCGCUAAACAUGCCGUUUUGCAAGCAGCCCACAUUCAUUUUCAAAAUGAUCGAACGACACUUGUCUCAGCUAACCGGUGUCAACUCGCCGCCGCGUCGACCGACACCGGAUUUGGACACUGCAUCCACAUUGGCCGCACAGGCACAACAAGAUGUCGAUAUCGCAGAUGGUGUUGAUGAUUGUCUGGACGGUUGGACUGAGGUGUCCUUCGCGGAAGCUCAGGAAAUGACUUCUAGUCUUCUGCUGGUAGAAGAAUUUGAAUGGAUAAAGUCUCAGAUAAAACGUAUCCCUGAAAAUCUUCUCCCGGUCGUAUUCUGCCACAAUGAUUUCCAAGAAAGUAAGUCUCAGAUAAAACGUAUCCCUGAAAAUCUUCUCCCGGUCGUAUUCUGCCACAAUGAUUUCCAAGAAAGCUUUAACGAGUUGGCAGCAUCUUAA